AGACGGACCCGGAGCAGCUGUGCACAGAUGGUGUUUCUACGUCUGCAACAUGCAGCCGGUUGAAGCCCAAACGGGCAUUCCUACAAAAAGCCUGCUGUUCAAUUCUUUGAAGGUGUAUCUGAACAACAAGAACAGACUGCAACCCAUUAUUGGCCUGGGCAGCAUUAUAGAAUGCGUGAAGGCGGGUACACAAAACAGAGAAAUGUUUUACCUGUGUGAAGUGUGUGUGUGUCGACUUGGUAAAGCCGACAUGCGGAACCACAUCAUGGGAAGCCUCCACAGAUACAACUACAUUAAAGCCUGGCACCCCCACUUAGUGUGUGAAUGGCAGGAGAAGUCUGACCUGUCGAGACUGGCAUGGCCGCUGAUGGAGAUGGCCACGGUGCUUGAGGGAAAAGAGGGGCCCGGAGAAGUCCAGUGGUACGAGAUUGAAGACGCUGGAUACCAGAAGAUGACGACACACAGUGUGAAAGCGGCAGUAACUCUGAUAGAAAUCUUAAAAGAUGGGCAGGGUGAACCUGAGAGACAUUCACCCGUGCCGCUGCAGCCCCAUCCCGUCCAAUCGCAGAGGAUCGUAUUGUUCUGCCAGAGGCACAGAAGACCGACCACCACGUCCCUCAAGUCAUCAGCGGAGACGAAUGAAACUGUAGCUUUGGUCGAGUCAGAAGGCUGGAUGGAGAACACCCCACCUGAACCCACGGUUCUACCGGAGAACAGCCACAGCGUUCUUGACCACUACACAGAGACCACGCCUCUUAUUGACAGCCACAGCGUUCUUGACCACUACACAGAGACCAUGCCUCUUAUUGACAGCCACAGCGUUCUUGACCACUACACAGAGACCAUGCCUCUUAUUGACAGCCACAGCGUUCUUGACCACUACACAGAGACCACGCCUCUUAACAGCCACAGCGUUCUUGACCACUACACAGAGACCACGCCUCUUAUUGACAGCUACAGCGUUCUUGACUACUACACAGAGACCACGCCUCUUAUUGACAGCCACAGCGUUCUUGACCGCUACACAGAGACCACGCCUCUUAUUGACAGCCACAGCGUUCUUGACUACUACACAGAGACCACGCCUCUUAUUGACAGCCACAGCGUUCUUGACCACUACACAGAGACCACGCCUCUUAUUGACAGCCACAGCGUUUUUGACCGCUACACAGGAACAACGCCUCUUAUCGGUCUUUUCCGCGUGGUUGAAUGUCGAAGUGAAGAUGGCCACACGUACUGUUUCCUAUGUCACUGCUGCCGCACCCGAUCCAACAGACAGGACAUCAUUGAUCACCUGACCAAAUCGUCCCAUCUUCUGAACUACUUGAUGGAAAUUCAUCCUGAGGACGUGGAGGUAAUGAUGGCAGAUAUGAAUGACGACUAUCCACUUCUCCACUCUCUGGCCAAGAAGGUGGAGGAAGAGGAGGGCAGAGGAGAGCUGCAGGUGUUAAACCCACCAGAAUCCCUGUGUGGCCUACUGACUUACAAAAGUUACCACUGGUGUCUAAAGAUGCUGUGUAAUGGAUGGGGACAUACUGACAUCCAAAAGCAGAAAAAAGCUGUCAAAGGGCCAAGUGUGAACAAGACUUCAAAUGAAGUCAAGCCAAAAAAUGGUGGCAUGUUGCUGUCACAAUGGCCAGAACCGUUAACCGCAAAGAAGAAGAAAAAGAAGAAAAAGAAGAAAGGGCGUGAGCCUGUGUUCAAUAUAAGAGUGCUGGAGAGGCCCUCUUUCAGAAGUGGUUAUUUUAAUGACAAUGUGUACUUCAACCAGUCAGAAAACUUAACUGUGCCAAAAUACGGAAAUGUUUAUGGGGAAAAUAUUCAGAGUGGACAACAUGGUUAUGAAGAAAGAUCGAGACAGAGGUUCUACAACGAGGGUCAAAACGAACGCCCACAGACCGAGUGGCCGUCGCCUGCCGUCUGCUACACUCGGGACGUGUCGGCCCAUAACGAUCACUAUGAAUGGGAGACGAGCUGCACGCAGCAGUGGUACGAUUCGACUUUACAGAGUAACGAUGACGUCGUGUCAAGAGAAGAACACCAGAUGAACUUGGAUGUUGCGCAGCAUUAUUACUACCAGCAGCUCCAACAUCAUCAGUCCAUGGCACCACGUCAUGCAAGUCUUCUGAUGGGCAGUGCGGGGCAGCAUGGAGAGUCUUGGGGAGCGUCCGCUCAGUCGGAUGCUGCGUGGAUCAACGACCACCCUUACUCUGGACAUCCCUUCGCUCACAGUGGCAGCAUUGCACCGCAGCCUCCGGUACCGUUUCUUCACAUUGAACAGAGACCAUUGCCAACGUUCAUGGGAGUUCACCACUGGUCAUGAUUUGAUGAUUUCUUGAAGCUCUGAUUGAGCAAAUGCAUUUCUCUUUGCAUAUUCCAAGUUUAAUUCUGCUUAUGUUGCCACAACCCAUUGAGACCUCUACUGAAGGGACUGUUGUCCCCAUGUAUCGAGCUUGGUUUCUUAUUGUACGAUGGCGUAUUCUUAUGUUCCUCUAAAAUAUAAAGUCUCGGUCAGAAAUGGGAACCUCUUAAUGGACGGAUAUUUUUUCCUGGAGUGAUACAACCGUUAUAUCCUCAGUUCGCCACUUUGGUGCCUUUUUGCUGUCAACAUUAUUUAUGACUGUUUUUGUUUUUUGUAAAACAUGUUGAUUUAGCAGUUUACAUUUUUUUAUCCAAAUCUUAACGGAUGAGAACGUGUUCAUUUAAACUGAAGCCUAGAUUGUGAACGUUUUUUGGAUGUGCUCAACCAUUUAGGUUUUCAAACAAGUGUAAAAUGAAGGAUACGGAUGAUGAUAGCCUAUGUUUUUGUUAUUUAAGAAUGAAAAUAUUAAUAUUGUAUAGGUUUCAGGUCACACUGAUGUUCUGGUUUAUAGUUGUUACUAAACUAACUGUUAAACUAGAAAUAAUACUUUGUACUACUAUCUAAAUGUUCUAUUUCUUUUGGCCUAUGAUGUCAAUGUGACCAUUAUGUACAAGCUGUGUUUGAAUAUCUUCAAAGAAGAAUUUAAUUAUAUUAAUAAAAUGUUUAAUGGCCUGCU